AUGUCAUGGUUAAUAUCGCGUUUCUACCUAUUUUUUGGCUGAUUUUCAAAGUGUUUGGUUAAAAAUAUGUUUUACCACAUUUAUAGCUACUUUUUACUGUAUAGUUUAGUGCAUUUAGUUAUGUUUUACACAGGCUAUUAAAAGUUAUUUAAAAACUUUGAAUCUUUUUUAGCGUUUUUCACUGAAAGUUGGACUUUUCUUUAUGACAUUAGAUGUAUAUCUAUUUUAAUUUGGCUUUAAAAUUUGUAGAAAGUCUAUACAAACAUUUUAAUGUUCAUUUUGGAUUAUUUACGAUUCAUUUAGACGUUUUAGAGCGAUAUUAUUGUAGGUAUAGGUGCCUCAUCGGGAAAAUUUGCGGUUUUGCCAAAGUUUUUUUAAAUUUUUGAGGAAUUUUUGUUUGAAUAGUAUGAAUAGCUUUUACUUUAUCUUAUAUUGUUUAAUUUGUUAAUUUUUUUUGUUUGAGUUGUUAAACAUGACAAAUAUUGUUGUAGGUACCUCACCAUAAUGGGCUUGGGAAAAAAUUGAUUUUUUCGAAAGUUUUAUAUAUUAUAGAACAUUUCAUUGUUAUUAUAGAUUGAAUAAUCUUUACUGUAUGCAUUUUUGUAUUGAAAUUUAUGUUUUAAUUCAAAAUUAUCAAACUAAUCAAUAUUCUUGUAGGUAUUCGGUCAAAUCACGUUCCACACUCACAGUUCCGAGCAUAACGGCUCAAACCACGCCGAAAAAAACAUCGACGACGACGGUCACCACGGGUACAGCGUCAUCCAAGUCCUCGACCGCUUCAUCAUCGGCUUCGUCCACCGGCUCGGCGCCGGACUCGGAUUCGUUGCGAAAAAAGUCGAAGCAGUCGGACGAGCGGCAAGUGGGCGAGAUGCGGCUUCGUUUGUGGUACUCGCUGGACGAAGUACUACCACUAUGUCAUUACGAGCAGCUCUACACGGCGUUGAUCGCGUCCCUAAACCAACAACCUCACUCAACGUCGAUGGUCACCCUGAUGCAAGCGUUGAAUAUUGACAUGGAGACGAUAGCACGACCCUUGAUGAAGAUAUUCAUUCAUGCGAAACAGAUUCGCACCUUUUUUCGACUGACUUGUGUGGACUACUUGUCUGGGUGUCAUGAUGUAAAUACUUUGUUUCGAUCCCAGUCAAUGUGCUCCAAAGUCAUGUACGAGUUGAUGAAGUUUGUGGGUCAGGAGUACCUGAAAGUGUCGUUGAAACCUUUGAUUGAUCUCAUUUAUGCGGAGAGGCGGUGCUGCGAAAUCGACCCUUCCAAGUUGAAGCCGGGAGAUAUGGUGGAUCAGAAUCUGGUAAGAUUUUGUUAUUUUUGAUCUUGUUUUUUGUAGGUAUAGGGAUCAAUUGGUCUUUGAGGAUAGUUUUUGAUGUACCAAAGUUAUUUCGCUAAAAACAAUUUGUUUUAUGAUAAACAUUAUCAUUAGGGUUUUUACUAUUUAUUUUGUAUACAAUAGUAUUCAUUUUUAUCCACAUUUUUGAGUUUUACUGAAUUUUCUUGUGGGUAUAACCACUUUCAAUUCAAUUUUCUAAUUUUUAUCAUUACAACCCAACUUUUUUAGCGAAACAUCAUGGUUUACGCAGAACUAGCCUUCAGUCGUGUCGUAGACUCAUGGCAUCGAUGUCCUCAAAUGUUGUGUGAAGUCUUCUCGGAGCUGCGAUCAGUUGUGUCCGAGUUUUUCCCUGGCCGAGAAGAUAUUGGUCGGUUGGCAUUGUCGUCGUUUUUAAUCAUGCGGUUCUUUGCUGCUGCGAUUUUAAACCCAAAAUUGUAUGGCCUGAGGAAGGAAGCACCUGUAAGAGUUUGGAAUUUUGAUUUUGAGGGGAUCUGUUGCCUAAAAUGUGUAUUUUUGUUAGGUUUGUCAGCUAAAAUGAAGUUUUUUGGGGUUUUUUUGGAUUUUUCAAAAUUUUUUAGCUUGGAAAUUGAUUUUUAAAGGAUUCUGUUACCUAAUCUAUUGAGUUUCGUAUUUUUUAGUAUAUGUUUUCCUCGUUUCUUACCUAAAACUUUAAAUUUUGGCCGUUUUUUAUCAAUAUUUUCCAGUUUUUGCCAUUUUAAAAUAUUAUUCAUGACUAAUCUCCCCAUUUUCAGGAAGCCAACGUCUCCCGAACCCUGGUAUUGAUCUCAAAAGUCCUCCAAAGGCUAGCCAAUUGCGUAGUCUCCCAAAACCCAUUAACAACGAAAGAACAAUGGUUAACACCGGUCCUGGAGCGAUUAUCAGACGAAGAGCACAAAAAGGCCAUGAUCACCUUCCUCGACUCAGUCAGCCACUGUGAAGAGGUCGAGAAUCCGCCAUCAUCGUCAGGCUCCGAAAAAUCGACCACAACCGGGCUGUCGAGCCAACUGACCGCCGAAGCGCCGAUAUUACUGAAGACGGGCUACAUGGUGGAGCGACGAGCCGGCAGUGAUAAGAAGCGGAGUUUCAAAAACUUUAUUCAUCAAAAGCGCCGCUACGUCACGCUGACGGAGACUGAGUUGAGUUGGCAGAAGGUGAAGGAGGCCGGCUCCACCGACGGUAAAAUCCCCCUCGAACCGAAGGGCAUCUUUACAUUGGCUGAAAUCACAUCCGUCUCACCGCUGACCGACUCGAAACACUCGUUUUGUGUAGCCACGGCAGUGGCCGAAGUCCACUUCCAGGCUAGUAGCCUGAGCGAAAUGAACGAAUGGAUGAUUGUGAUUCAGAAGCAACAACGACGACACAUGAUGCUGGCCAGCCGACCCUACAAUCAAGCCGACAGAAUACCUGAAGUGGACCUGGAAAGGGAGUUGGCAUUGAUUCACAACACACUACAAAAGAACAUUGAUAAGCUCUGCGGAUGGAAGGAGAGCUUGGAGUAG